AUGUACUUGAGAGAUCCAUCCCGAUAUCUUGCGCUAUUGCUUGCGCUGUCCGCAUCUACAGCUGCGUCUGUCUUGAAUCGAGCGCACUCGGGGUUAAGAAUCGCUCUCAGCAACGCGGGACCAUGCAGCCUCAAAACCGAAAACGCCUACGUGUCAGUGUUUCAAUGUGAAAAGAACAUAUGUCGGUCAAGCCCCAAGCUUGAAGCUGCUGGCUGUUGCGAGCCGGAUGGAUGCUCCUGGUACAAGUCUUGCAUUCCAUAUGACUCCGUCGAACGACGUUCUUCUGAUCUGACAUCGGAUACAAUUCUUUCCUGUUCCGAUUCAACCCAAAAAUACUGCCAGUUCGCUACAUUCAGAAAGGAGUCUCAGCCUGAAUCAGGGUAUACUCGAGGGAUAUGCACGUCGAACCCCCCUGAAUCUGACCUCCGAAUCCAUCUCCUCGUGGCCAACUCGGAAGCUAUCGUUUCGCAGCCCCGCGAAGAUGACCGCGCUUACCAGCUCAGGAUUCGAGGAAUGCCUCACCGACUUUCAAAGCGAGCAUCAGCCUUAAGCGAUAGAAAUGCGGGAAUCGUGGGCGGCCUUGUAGCAUUCUGGGUAAUUAUUCUCCUCACCCUUUGCAUUUGUGUGGCCUCGAGAAAAAAUCGGGACCCUCCAGCAGCGCCCGCGGCGGCUGCAUCGGCCCAGAACAACACGACGGUAUAUGUCAUGGGUCCUCCACCCGGUCAACCGGGCCAACCCCAAGAUCCAAACGUCCAACACCCUCCCCUAGCCUAUAUUCUACCCGCGGGCUCGGCGCAAGCAUCGGCCGGCCACCCACAAACUAUAUACAUCCAAGGCCCACCUCCGCCAGGGGCUCAACCUAUCCAUCCAGCCCGAAAGCUAGGGUUGACCAACGAUCAGAGAUACAAUAAUAAUAAUAAUGAUGAUGGAAACCCUGCAGGACAACAUAAAACUACCAUCCAGGACUCGACUCUCCCUACUUCAUCACGCAAAGCAAUAUACCUAAAAUUUGAACAGCCCCAAUCAUCCAAGAUGUCUUCCUUCACCACGCCUCCCCCGCAAUCCUCAAUAUACCUCCUCUCAUACCCAGCACCAGGCGUGCUGCUGGUAACCAUCAACCGCGCCAGAAACAUGAACGCGAUCCACUACCAGGGCCAUUGGGAUUUACACGAGCUCUGGACAUGGUUCGACGAUGAACACACCCUACAAGUCGGAAUCGUGACUGGCGCCGGCGAUAAGGCAUUCUGCGCCGGCCAGGACCUGCUUGAGAUCGAAAGAAAUAGCAAAAACCCCUCGACACAGUCGGCGCCCCUGAGGGGCCACCCGCCAUCCGGGUUUGCCGGCCUUAGCCAGCGAAAGGGCAAAAAGCCCGUCAUUGCUGCUGUGAACGGAUUCGCGUUCGGUGGUGGAUUUGAGAUAUGUCUGAACUGUGAUUUGGUUAUUGCCUCCCCCAGGGCCAAAUUUGCUCUACCAGAAGCGAAACGGGGCAUAUAUGCGGCCGCAGGCGGCUUGCCUCGCAUUUUACACAUUGCAGGGCUACAGGUUGCAUCGGAGAUUGCCCUCACGGGUAGAACUGUAUCUGCUGAAGAAGCAAAGGCGUGGCAUCUUGUCAACCGGAUUGCGAAAACGCAUGAGUCAUUAAUAGACGAGGCGGUCGCGUUGGCGAAGGAAAUUUCACAGCUGAGCCCGGAUGCCAUUAUUGUAACUAGGGCUGGUUUGAGAGAGGCGUGGGAGGUUGGUGAUGUGUCAAAAGCUGUCCGCAACACCCAUGAGAGAUAUUCGAAGAAUCUAUUUGAGGGCCAGAAUCUACGUGAAGGUCUUGCUGCUUUCCGAGAGAAAAGACAACCUAACUGGGUCAAACCAAAUCUAUAG